GAGAAGAAGAAAAAAAUCUAUCUUGUUUUACUUCCUUUCUUUUCUCCUCAAACUCAACCUAUCCACUCAAUUCAAACACACUUCUUCUCUCAUCAUCUCAUCUCAUCUCAUGUGCCAUCAAAUUCAAUCUUGUUCCUCUUCCUAGCAUAUCAUAGUAUAUCACUAUUACUCUCUUUACUUGUCUUGUGUAUAAAUGGCACAUGUUCAUACUAUUCGAUUACAGUUUCAAUCUCUUCGACUUCCAUCUCCUUCUUUCUUCACUACUCUCCCGCCGCUUCCACCUAAGAGCCUUUUCUCUCUGCCACCGCCCUCUCAUUUCAAAUCCAGAAAACAAUUGCUUCCUUUCAAGGUAUGUGCAGCUGUUGGAGAAAAUGGUCAGCCAAAAUGGUGGGAAAAGAAUGCAUCAAACAUGAUUGACAUUCACUCCACACAAGACUUUCUGAAUGCUUUGAGUCAAGCUGGGGAUAGACUAGUUAUUGUUGAAUUUUAUGGGACAUGGUGUGCUUCUUGCCGAGCGUUAUUCCCCAAGCUAUGCAGAACAGCUGAAGAAAACCCAGAGAUUGUUUUUUUGAAAGUAAAUUUUGAUGAGAAUAAGCCAAUGUGCAAAAGCCUGAAUGUUAAAGUACUUCCUUACUUCCACUUUUAUAGAGGGGCGGAGGGGCAGCUCGAAUCAUUUUCAUGUUCACUUGCCAAGUUUCAAAAAAUAAAGGAUGCCAUCUUGACACAUAACACAGCUCGAUGCAGCAUCGGUCCUCCUAAGGGAAUCGGUGAUUUGGUUCUUGAAUCGUCCUCUGCUCCCAAGGAUAAACCAGCAGAAUCUGCUUGAUAAUCAUAAUACCUCCAUCCAUGAACCUGUAGCUUAUAAGUUUGCCUCCCUAAUUGUAAUUCCAUUGAAACUUGGAAGCUGCGGUCGACAAAGAGUUAUGAUAUGUAAUCUGUAUAUCUCUACACUUGUAUUUUUUUGAUCUGUUUUAUUCUUAAUCAUUCAUUAGCUGAUUGUAAUCAAGCACGCAAAAAUGACAUGUUAGGUGUUAAGUUGUAGUUACUUGAAAAUUUUA